AGAAUUGCUAUGAAAUGAGCUUCAUUGAUAGCUCUGGCCUUGAAUAUCAGAUUGUUCGUCAUAAUAUCAAAGAAGAAAAAGAAGAGCUGCAUAUUAAGGAGGAACCAUGGUCUCCUGGAAGCCCCAGCAGUGAUGAAUAUCCACCUGUUGCAGUCACCAUUAAACAAGAAGAGGAAUUGUGUGUUGAGGAUCAGGAGGGUUUGGCUUCACUUGGUUGAUGGUAGGUUGGUUGAUUCGACUGAAGAAGCUGCUUUAUCAGUCAACUUGCCUCCAUCAAGUACUUCAUCGCUUUUGAAAAUGGAGGUGCCGUUGUGGCCGGUCGGGGCGGCUUUGCGAGGCCCGGAGCCGUCGGACGGGCCCGGGCUUCGGCUGUUGGGCCUGGAAGGCCGCUUGGCUUCGGCCGAGAAGAAGCUGGGCGGUUGCCAGAGGACGGUGACCGAGCUGGGCAGCCAGCUGGAAGGCAAAUGGGCCACCCUGAGCGGCCUGGUGGAGGAAUACGGGCGGCUCCAACGGCGGCUGGAGAACCUGGAGAACCUGCUGCGGAACCGCAACUUCUGGAUUCUCCGCUUCCCGCCAGGCGGCCAGGGGGAGACGCCCAAGGUUCCGGUCACUUUCGAUGACCUUUCUAUUCAUUUCAACGAGCACGAAUGGGGCAACCUGGAUGAAUUGCAGAAGGAUCUCUACAAGACGGUCAUGAAAAGCAAUUAUGAGAUGUUGGUCUCCAUGGAUUACGCAAUUGCCAAGCCCGAGAUCCUGACCCGGAUUGAACAAGGAGACUCCUUGUGUGAUACAAAUGUUGACGCCAUGCCUGAGAAUAACACACCUGCACACCCUGGCACAGAGUCCACCGUUGCUCCAGUCGAUGUUUCUUUGUGGCUGAAGGAAGAAGUAGAAGGACCUCAAGGCGGUGGCAAUGACAGGCCUCCUGAGGAGAUUGGUGCUGGACUUCACGAGGGUUCUUCAGUGGAGUAUCUAGACAUACCCUCAGGGAUUAAAGAGGAGAUGGAGGAGGUGUGCUUGGGCCCCGGGGAAUCCCACAGAGAGCACAUGCAGUACGAUCCUAGUGAGGAAUAUCAGACCAUUACCAUUUCUGAGGAACAUCUCUGUGGACUUCAGGAAGACCAAUGUGCUCAGGACUCAUUCUUUGGGGAAGGCCCUAGCUCUGUAUUUUGCAACAGACUCUUAUUUUCGCUUGCCAUGUCCUCAAAGGGGAAGAGAAAGGGCCACGGUUCCUCCGAAGAGCGCAGCAAGAAGCACAGGAAGGCCAUCAGUCUGAAUUUGAAGAUGAAGAUCAUCAAAGCCUACAACGCUGGGAAGAAAGUGAACAUCAUCGCUCAAGAAGAAGGCCUGGCCCAUUCCACCAUCUCCACCAUUUUAAAGAACAAGGAGCGGAUCAGGGAGGCCAUGAAAGGAUCACCGGGGACAAAAGCCAUUAUCACCAGGCAACGCAAAGGCCUCAUCCACGAAACUGAGAAACUCCUGAUGCUUUGGAUCGAGGAUCAGAUCCAGAAAAGGAUUCCCAUCAGCCUCCCUCUCAUUCAGGCCAAGGCGCGCAGCAUUUUUGCCACCCUGAAGGAACGAGCGGGCGAGGAAUGCACUGAAACGUUCACGGCCAGCCGCGGCUGGUUCAUGCGGUUCCAGCGAAGGUUUAAUUACCACACUGUGCACCCGCCAGGCGAAGCUGCGGGAGCCAACAAAAUAGUAGCCCAACGCUUCCUUGAUGACUUCGACGAUCUCAUCACAGAAGGGAAUUAUUUGCCUGAACAGAUAUUCAAUGUGGACAAAACCAGGUUAUUCUGGGAAAAAAUGCCUGAAUGGACCUACCUUCACCAAGAGGCCCAAGCUAUGCCUGGAUACAAAGCUUUUAAGGACAGGAUCACUUUGCUGUUGGGUGGAAAUGUUGCCGGAUUCAAGCUGAAGCCAUUUCUGAUCCACAAAUCGGAGGAUCCUCCCGUGUGCGAAAAUAUCAGCCAGGAGACCCUGCCCGUUUAUUAUCAAUCUGAUCAGAAGGCUUGGAUGACCCAAGUCUUCUUUGAGGACUGGUUUGUGAAUUGUUUCAUCCCUCAAGUGCAGGAAUAUUGUUUUCAAAACAGAAUCCCUUUUAGAAUUCUUCUGCUCCUCAACAACGCCCCUGGAUAUCCCCUGCACCUGGACGAUGUCCAUCCAGACGUGAAGGUUGUUUAUCUACCAAAAAACACCAGCCCUUUCCUGCAGCCCAUGGAUCAGGGAGCUGUCUCGACCUUCAAAGCAUGCUAUUUACGGGCCACGCUGGCCACAGCUGUCGCCGCAAUGGAGGACAAUGGGGUGAUCUUGCACGAGUUUUGGAAAGCAUACGAUAUCAGCCACUGUAUUGAAAACAUCGCGACGGCCUGGAAGGACAUCAGCUUGAAAUGCAUGCAAGGGAUUUGGGAACGGUGCUUAAAACGUUUUGCUCUCCUUGUCCAUAAUUUUGUAGGCUUUGACCCGAACAAAGAUUUGGAGGAAAUAAGUCACAACAUUUUGACGCUCACCCGAGCCCUCAGUUUAGAGGCAGACGCAGAAGAUGUGAAAAAAUGGAUUGCCUACCCUGAGGGAGAGCUUUCCAACGAAGAAUUGAUCGAAUUGAAAGAAGAAUUGGAGGCCCAAGGCAUUGCGGAAGAGGAGGAAGAAAUAAAAUUCUAGACUUAAGUUCAGGAAGUUCAGUGUGAAACUAUCAACUGGCGUUUUUCUCGGAUGUUAGCAAAACGGUAUGAAAAUUAGGAAGUAUGGAUCUAAAUGUAAAAUGUUUGGAAAAUUACACUGGGAAGCCAGGAAGUUCAGUCUGAAAAUAUUUUCUCAGAUGUUUAAUGAAAUGUUACGAAAAUUAGGAAGUAUGAAUCCGAAUGUAGAACAUUUUGGAAAGCUACAUCGGGAGCCCACGAAGUUCAGUGUGAAAAUAUUGACUGGUGUUUUCUCAGAUAUUAAUGAAACGUUAUGAAAAUUAGGGAGUAUGGAUCCCAUUGUAGAACAUUUUGGAAAGUUACAUCAGGAGCCCAGGAAGUUUGUGUGAAAAUGUCGAUCAGUGUUUUCUCGUGUUAAUGAAAUGUUACAAAAAUUAGGAAGUAUGAAUCGAAAUGUAGAACAUUUUGGAAAGUUACAUCGGGAGCCCAGGAAGUUCAGUGUGAAAAUAUUGGUGUUUUCUCGUGUUAAUGAAAUGUUGCAAAAAUUAAGAACUAUGGUUCCGAAUGUAGAACAGUUUUGGAAAGCUAUGUCGGAAAUGCAUGUGUUUUAAGGAAAUAGAUGAGAUGAAGAAAAAAAUGUGCAAAGAAAACUUAGUGAAUUCUUUACGGACAGUUAUUUCUUGCUCACCUCUUCCUUCCUCCCCAUCCUGAAAAACAGGAGAAACCAGAAAAUGCUCGGUUCAUUAGCCUUCUCGGCCUUGGUAUCCGACAUUUCAAAAAACACAGCAAAAAGACUAAUCUUUGGAAGGGGAUUUCUGUUGAUGUUUACAGGUACACUACUGUAACUGUAAAUGCUGAUUUUUGUAUUAUUUUUGCAUUGUAACACAACAUGAUGGCACUUAAUAAUACAUGUUAGAUCAAAGAUAUUUUUAAAAUAUUGGAAAUGACCUUUGGUUCAUUGGAGGACAAAAUUGAUUUAUUUAGAAAUAAAGAUGUUUUAAAACAUGAAAAAAAUGUAGCUUGGUUCAUUGAAGGCUAAAGUUGUGUAUGAAGGGAAGAAUUAUAAGUUAAAUUGCAUAUCAAUGGAA